AGGGCUUCAGCACUAUCUCUGGUCGACUCGCUCGAUCCGUUCUCGGAGGGUAUCAUGUUCUCCGUGAUGCCGCCGAAGAAGAGCUGGAAGAACAUCAGUAACUUGUCUGGUGGUGAGAAGACGCUGUCCAGUUUGGCGUUGGUGUUUGCACUCCAUCAUUACAGGCCCACGCCGUUGUAUGUCAUGGACGAGAUUGAUGCUGCCCUCGACUUUAGAAACGUCUCGAUUGUGGCGUCGUAUAUCAAGGAGAGGACGAAGAAUGCACAGUUUAUCGUCAUUUCGCUCAGAAACAAUAUGUUCGAACUUGCCUCUCGCCUGGUGGGAGUGUACAAGGUCAACCAUAUGACCAAGAGUGUAACUAUCGAAAACAAGGAUUAUAUCACGGGACGAUAAUGAUUUUGGUGAAUGGUUUAUGAACAUAUGCAAAUUGCCUACGGUUGGGGUUGGUGUUCUUUUAUUGCUUUGGAUUGAAUAUACUAUGCAAAGGGUUCGGGUUUUGUUCUUGUUCAUUUUCAUGGUUUAUUUUUAUGUUGGUCUCUUGAGCAUUGGUUUAUAUAUGAUUCAAUCGAGUAAAUAUGCACUCGUUUAUGACAACAACUCAUUCAUAACAACAACGGAAUUUAAACAAACACAGCAUCAAAAUCGGAUAUCAA